GUCAUUGGCUCCGCUGGGGGGUUCCACGCUCGUGGCCGCUGGUCCAGGGCGGGCCAUUGACUUAAAUCCGCCGGUGCGCCUGUCCCGGCCGCGACGAACCGAGCCUGCGAGACAUCACCCGGCGCGGACACCAUGCGGCGCCUCCUCCCGGGUCUGCUCCUGCUGCUGCUGCCGCUGCUGCUGCUGCCGGGCCCCGCAGCCGCCACGGUCCCCGCUCCCCCGGCCCGCCCGGGCUUCCAGAGGCUGGGGACCCAUGGCCCGGGGGGCAGCCCCGGGCGCCGCCUCGCUCCGGGCGUCCCCCCACGCGCGCCCUAUUCGGGGGCCGGCCAGCCCGGAGGGGCCGGUGCCGCAGGUUUUUGCAAGAGCCGACCACUGGACUUGGUGUUUAUCAUCGAUAGUUCUCGUAGUGUUCGGCCCUUGGAGUUCACCAAAGUGAAAACCUUUGUCUCCCGGAUAAUCGACCACCUGGACAUCGGGGCAGCGGACACGCGGGUGGCAGUGGUGAACUACGCCAGCACCGUGAACAUCGAGUUCCAUCUCCAGACGCACUUGGACAAGAAAUCCCUGAAGCAGGCCGUGGGGCGAAUCGCGCCCUUGUCCACUGGCACCAUGUCGGGCCUGGCCCUCCAGACAGCCAUGGAGAAAGCCUUCACGGUGGAGGCGGGAGCCCGGGGGCCCAGCUCGAACAUCCCCAAGGUAGCCAUCAUCGUGACCGAUGGGCGGCCCCAGGACCAGGUGAACGAGGUGGCGGCUCGGGCGCGGGCGGCCGGCAUCGAGCUCUAUGCGGUGGGCGUGGACCGGGCGGACAGGGACUCGCUCAGGAUGAUUGCCAGCGAGCCCCUGGACGAGCACGUGUUCUACGUGGAGACCUACGGGGUCAUCGAGAAGCUUUCCUCUAGGUUCCAGGAAACCUUUUGCGUGGACCCGUGCAUGCUUGGCACACAUGGGUGCCAGCACGUGUGUGUCAGUGACGGGGACGGCAAGCACCACUGUGAGUGCAGCCAAGGGUACGCCUUGAAUGCCGAUAAGAAGACCUGUUCAGCCAUCGAUAAGUGUGCUCUGAACACUCACGGAUGCGAGCACAUCUGUGUGAACGACAGAGCUGGCGCUUACCACUGUGAGUGCCACGAAGGUUACACUUUGAAGGAAGACAGGAAAGCGUGUGCAGCUCAAGAUCAAUGUGCUUUAGGGACACAUGGCUGUCAGCACAUUUGUGUGAACGACGGAGCUGGGUCCCAUCACUGUGACUGCUAUGAGGGCUACACCCUGAGUCAAGAUAACAAAACCUGCUCAGUUCUUGACAAGUGUGCUCUGGGCUCUCACGGUUGCCAGCACAUUUGUGUGAGUGAUGGGGCCGCGUCCUACCACUGCGACUGUCAUACUGGCUUCACCUUGAAUGAAGACAAGAAGACGUGUUCAGCCGUUCAAGAAGCAGCAAGACUCACCUCCAUAAGAGAUGCUUGUGGGUGCGAAGCCACACUGACAUUCCAGAACAAGGUCAUCUCCUAUCUGCAGAGACUGAACACCAAGAUUGAUGACAUUUUGGAGAAGUUGUAAGCAAAUGAAUAUGGACAAAUACAUCAUUAAGCUGCUCAAAAUUUUCACCCUGGCCAGUGUGGCUCAGUUGGUUGAGCAUCAUCCAAUCCACCAAAAGGUCGCCGGUUCGAUUCCAGUCAGGGUACCUGCCCAGGUUUUGGAGUCCCCACUAGGGGGUAUAAGGCAGCCGAUCGAUCAUCAAUAUAAAUGAUCUUUAAAACUGCUCAAAAGUUUCAUCUGGAAAUAUAGAGAACUUGCUGUAUUUAAUACUUCUGUAUGUUCCAAUGGUGCUAAUUAUCUGCCAUUAAAAUGCUUAAAUUAGUGGAGACAUAGUUUGAGAAUCUUCUGGAGAAUCAGUAUUAUUUUUCUAAGGAAACAAAUGUCCAGAUCCUUAAUUUAAUGCAAACUUUAGUGUCUUUAAGUUAUGACUAUGAAAUGGUUGGUAGGAAAUAGAGUGAAAAGUUUAAUAUUUCUUUCUUUACUAAUUGAGCCAUUUCAUUUUUCUUUCAGUUCCUAAGUUCUCAUUCUAUUCUCAAACACAAGUAUGUUAUUUCUAUAAUUAUAUUCAUAUUAUAUAUUCAUCACAAAUAUUUUUACAUGUAUAAUAUAUAAAGAAUAAAAAUCACCUAUACAAAACAACUAACAGUUUGCUAUUUUUUUCCCAGUGUUCUUCCUUUAUAAAUGUACAUUUUAAAAUUCUGUUUUUUAAAAUAUUGAAUUUAUUGGGGUAACAUUGGUUAAUACAUUUAUAGAGGUUUCAAGUGUACAAUUGUAUGAUACAUUAUCUGUGUAUUGUGUGUUCACCACCCAGUGUCAAGUCUCCUUUCGUCACCAUUUAUUCCCCCUUUACCUUCUUCUACUGACCCUACCUCCCUUUCCCUCAGGUAAUCACCAUAUUGUUGUCUGUGUCUAUGAGUUUUUUUUUUCUUAGUCCCUUCACCUAUUUCACCCAGCCUCCCAACUCCCAUCGCUUCUGACAGCUGUCAGGCUGUCCUUUGUGUUUUGUAAGGUUGUUUUGGCCAUUAGAUUCCACAUGCAAGUGAAAUCAUAUGGUACUUGUCUUUCUCUGACUGGCUUAUUUCACUUAGCAUAAUACUCUC